AUGUCGAUAGCCAUUCCGCAGCCUCCAUUCAAAGUCAAAGCCCACUACUCAUGGUCUGGAGAAACUAAGAGUGAUCUAGGCUUUCUCGAGAAUGACAUUAUCCAAGUAACUAAAAUUAAAGGUGACUGGUUUUACGGUACACUAAUGAGAAACUCCAAGAAGUACGGUUAUUUUCCUAAUAACUUUGUGACGAUUAUUGAGGAGAAGUACAAUAACUUCAAACUAGCCAAAGCCUUCGAUGAGCCCAGCUUGACUAACAAGUUGCCUGCCGCUGAUCAUUCUUUCUAUACUUCAAAGCAAAUCUCUGGCGAUUCGCCGUAUAUGGGUGCUGAUAAACCGCAGGGAAAAUAUAGAAGAGAGGGCCAGGUACCCAGGGGCUCGCACAAAGACAUGCUAUACUCCUCUGGUGGCCAUAAAAGUUCAGAGCGUUCCACUCACAGACAUUCGCAAAUAGAGAAAAUACCUCAGUCACAUUCUACUUCGAACCUUGCUUCGAAUCGUCACAAAAGCACUCCUCAUAUCGACUACAUGGGAACCAAGAAUAAACUUACAUCAAGUGAAAAUCAAAGACGUGAAGCAAUUGCAAAAAAUCACAGUAAAAGAAUAGGAGAACUACCGCCCUUGCCGCCGAUUCCUCAGAUCAAAGAGCGGUUGAAACCCAAGAAUACGGUCCCUAAAUCUUUUUCUUCCAAUGAUUUACCCGAUGUCUCAUUGAAUUUAGAUCUAGAUGCCCGAGUAUCUUAUCAAAGAGGUAAUGCCGACUUUUACGAUGGUCAUGGUCCCUCCGAAUCAUCACUGGGCACUUCUUCUAAGGUCUUUUCCCACUCUCAAUAUAUGAAUGACUCGACUACUAGCAGUGAGGACAGUUUUGCCUUGAUGAGUGAUUUCAGUGCCACCAGCGCCGGGAGUUUUGCAAGACACAGAUUUGCCAAGUCUUUCAAUGACUCCAUGCAGAGAUCACAAUUAGCUAUGGAAGAAGGGCUCAUUAGAUCAAAAAAUGGAUCGCCGGGUCCAAAAAAGUUGAAUGGGAUCUUGAAAAAACUCAUUACUAAAGGUGGUGAUCUAUCCCCUACCUCUCCUACUGGAUCAUUCCCAAAGUUACCGGAUGUCGGCUCGCUGCAACUUAAUACCUCUCACAACGAGGCUCGCGGAUGGGUCGAGGCAAAAGCUCAUCUACACAGGGCUCAAACGUUGAAUUCUAGGGAGCGUCAUGAGCGACAAAUGCAAGCUCUCGAGGAAAACAGGGAUUUAGUUCUGCAUCCUCAAGAAUACAUUCUAGAUGAAAUUAAUUCUAAUGAGGUGAGACACGGCAGGCAACCUGGACUCGUGGAUAUUGAGCUAAACUGCAUCGAUAAGGAGUUUAUAGCAGACAUGAUCAAGAAAAGAGCUAAAAAGGGGGGGACCUCAUCAAUCGAGUCGUUUUCACGCCAAACUAUUACAUCCGCUUUCAGAAGCCAUGCGGAAAAAUUAUUUGCCACUUUCAUCUUUUGUACUGAGACAUUUGCACUCGUAGAUGAUAAUGGCCUUACAGAUUUUGGCAAGGAACCUUCCGGUCUCAACAAAAUUUUGCACAAACCCUACUGCACGCCUUACGAAUUAACGUGGAUCUUCAAACGUAUGGCAAAUUCCUUGGGAAUAGUGUGCGAAAUAGUCAUAGGGUUUCUGAAGACUCCCGGAGCUAACAACAUGAACUUUAAAUAUAAUCACUGUUGGCUUCGUGUUCUUGUGAACGAAGAAUGGCGCAUGGUUGAUGUCAUUCUAGGAAAUAUGUCAAAUCCGAUACACGAAUACAUCAACAAUUCCAAAGCAGAUCACGCCGAAGCCUUUUACUUCCUGACUCAACCACUACAAUUCAUAUAUACACACGUCCCACGCCUUUACCAAGAGCAGCAUGUUAUUCCGAUUGUCGAUCAAACUAUCGCGCUGAGUUUACCAGUUGUAUUUCCCUCUUAUUUCCACAACGAAUUAAUCCUCCAUAAAUUUAGUAAUGGAUUGGCGAAAUUGUAUGACAAUCAAAUUUACGAGUGCACCAUUGCCAUUCCAAAUGAUGUGGAGGUUUUCACCUCCGUUGUGGUGGAAGACGCCGAAAAGAUGCCCAACGACAAUAUGGAUCUUUCCCUAGUUCAAAUAAAGCACCGGAAGAAAGAAAGACUCGCGGUAAUCAAGGCUUUACUGCCUGCUGGGUCCUCUCGAGGCGUGCUUCACAUACACUCAGGGAUCAAAGGUGUCCAGACAACACUCGCGAACGUACAUCCGCUUUCGAUGAUUGUGCCUCUUGAACACACUGGCAUUGCCAAAAGUUAUGAGUUUGUGACAAGGAUCCCGUCUAAAGCAGUUCAAAAGGUUGAUAUGUAUAUCAAGGAGCCGCAAAACAAGUAUCUAUUUGCGAACAACGAGUACAAUUUUGAGGUGAUUCAGCAUCCAUGCGACGGGGUUAUUUAUGGAUCUCCAGGUUUCGGCAAAUAUCCAAAACAGGCGUUGGCCAUCCAGUCACCCUCGGGAAAGCUAUAUUUAAUGCGGAAAAAUGAUCCCAACUUCGAGUUCGGCACUUGGGAAGUGUCCAUUAACAAUAAAGAAUUGCAGUCCGGAAUCUGGACUGGAUUAGCUACGUCAGAUGCAGGCGCUGGUUGGUGUCCGUUCGCCGAAUGGAAAUGCGUGUAA